AUGUCAGUGAACCUAUUUCAGGCGAUCAUGGAUACGAUGCUUGCGAACUUACCUCGGACAGUUGCCUACUUGGAUGACAUUUUGGUCGUCAACCGGGAACUAAUUCAGGGGAUUGACACGACCAUGGAAAAUCUCGAUGAUCAUGGCCCACAAAUCAACGUGGAGAAAAGCAAACUCCUUCGAAAGGAGAUCCACGAUCUGCGAUUUGUAAUAGGCGAAGCCGGACGUUCAGCAGAUCCAGAAAAGGUAGCAGCAUGGAUUUAUGAGACUCGUCGGCAAACUAUUUGA